UGUGUUGUCUUGGGUCCGGUUCAUUAAAUAAAGCAGUUAACUGGUGAAGUGGGUGUGUUGGAAAGUCCAUGUCGUCUGAACCGCUAAUUCAACCGUCGGAAGCAUUGUCAACAUCUCAGUCUUUCCGGCGAUGCAACGAAACGGGGUGGAUUUUCGAAGAGUUACCCAAAGCCACCAUCGUUUCCGUGUCGCGACCAGACACCGGAGACAUUAGUCCCAUACUCCUUUCUUAUACCAUUGAGUUGCAGUACAAACAGUUUAAGUGGCGUCUACUGAAGAAAGCGUCACAAGUUCUGUAUUUGCAGUUUGCCUUGAGGAAACGUGCAUUAAUUGAAGACCUUCACGACAAGCAAGAGCAGGUAAAAGAAUGGCUUCAAAACUUGGGAAUGGUAGAUCAAACGGUAAUGGUGCAAGAUGAUGAAGAACCUGAUGAUGGAGCAGUGCCUUUACAUCAUGAGGGCAGUGUUAAAAGCAGAUAUGUUCCAUCGGUUGCUGCUUUAUCAAUAAUUCGUCCAUCACUAGGAGGGCAGCAGUCAGUUGCAGAUAGAGCCAAAGUCGCAAUGCAGGGUUAUUUGAAUCAUUUUUUAGGAAACCUGGAUAUUGUGAAUUCUCCAGAGGUCUGCAAGUUUUUGGAGGUCUCUAGGCUAUCUUUUUUACAGGAGUAUGGUCCAAAACUGAAAGAAGGAUAUAUAACAGUGAACCAUUUGUCAAAUAUUUCACAGGAUUCAUAUGUAUCAUGCUUCCCUUGUGAUUGGUUUCGUUGUUUUAAUAACAAGUGGAAGAAGGUAUGGGCUGUUUUGAAACCUGGGUUUUUGGCCUUGCUGGAUGAUCCUUUACACAACAAACCAUUGGAUGUAAUUACUUUUGAUGUCCUCCCACCCUCAAAGGAAGAUGGAGGCACCAAAAUAUAUUUAGCUGAUCCUAUAAAGGAACGAAAUACAUUCAAGGUUACUAGUGGAAAUAGGAGCAUAUGGUUGAGAACCACCAGCAAUGCUAAAGUAAAAGCUUGGGUUACUGCAAUUAAUGAAGCUGGUCUAAGACCCCUGGAGGGUUGGUGUUGUUCUCAUCGCUUCGGUUCAUUUGCUCCCACACGAGGUUUGACAGAAGAUGGGAGCCAAGCCCAAUGGUUUGUAGAUGGGCAGGCAGCAUUUGAAGCAAUUGCUUCUUCAAUUCAAGAUGCAAAAUCAGAGAUAUUCAUUACAGGUUGGUGGCUGUGCCCAGAGCUAUAUCUGAGACGGCCUUUUCAUUAUUUUUCUACCUUUAGGUUAGACUCAUUAUUAGAAGAAAAAGCCAAGCAAGGGGUUCAGAUCUAUGUGCUUCUCUACAAGGAAGUUUCUCUAGCUUUAAAAAUCAACAGCUUGUACAGUAUGAGAAGACUGCUCAAAAUUCAUGAGAAUGUGAGGGUACUGCGCUAUCCAGAUCAUUUUGCUGCUCGUGUAUAUUUAUGGUCACACCAUGAAAAACUUGUCAUUAUUGAUUACAAGAUUUGCUAUAUUGGAGGAUUAGAUUUAUGCUUUGGUCGUUAUGACACACCUGAGCAUAAAGUGGGUGAUUGCCCCUCUGUAAUUUGGCCUGGAAAGGAUUAUUACAACCCAAGAGAAUCCGAACCUAAUUCAUGGGAAGAGACCAUGAGAGAUGAAUUGGAUCGUGAGAAAUGUCCCCGUAUGCCAUGGCAUGAUGUCCAUUGUGCUCUUUGGGGACCUCCUUGUCGUGACAUUGCUCGGCACUUUGUUCAACGUUGGAACCAUGCUAAGAGAACUAAAGCUCCAAAUGAACAUGAAAUUCCACUACUUAUGCCUCACCAUCACAUGGUCCUCCCUCAUUACAUGGGAAGAAGCAAAGAGAUAGACAUUGAUGAAAAGAAAGAUGAAGACAAGCCGAAAGAAAUAGAAAGGCAGGAUUCAUUUUCCUCAGAGUCUCCAAUGCAAGAUAUACCACUACUUCUACCUCAGGAAGCUGGUGGACUAGUUAUUUCAAAUGGAGAUAAUGCAGAUUUUAGUGAAAAUUCUCCAUUAUUGUCACAAGAGCUGGAACAUGAAACUUUAGUUUCAGACACCCAGGUGAAAGGGUUUCAAGAUGAAGUUGUUCCUUUCAAUUUGGAGGAACAAUCUGUUGUUGAUGCUCUAGACAAUUGGUGGGAAAAUUCAGGACGUACCAAUGAUGACACUACUUUGGAAUAUGGGCAAGUUGGUCCACGUACUACCUGCCACUGUCAGGUCAUCAGAAGCGUCAGCCAGUGGUCAGCUGGAACAAGUCAGCCUGAAGAAAGCAUUCACAUUGCAUAUUGUUCUCUCAUUCAAAAAGCAAAGCAUUUUAUCUACAUUGAGAACCAGUUUUUCAUAUCAGGUCUAGCAGGGGAUGACAUAAUACAGAACCGUGUCUUGGAAGCACUAUACAGGCGAAUUUUGCAAGCCCACAAAGAACAGAAAGAUUUUAGAGUUAUAAUUGUGAUGCCCCUAUUGCCUGGAUUCCAGGGUGGUCUGGAUGAUGGUGGUGCGGCUACUGUGAGAGCCUUAACCCACUGGCAGUAUAGGACAAUUUCUAGAGAAAAGCACUCCAUAUUACACAAUCUUGAGGCUAUACUUGGUUCUAAGACACAUGAUUAUAUUUCUUUCUAUGGUCUACGAUCUCAUGGUAGACUUUAUGAGAAUGGUCCUAUGGCUACAAGUCAGGUAUAUGUACACAGUAAAUUGAUGAUAAUUGAUGACCGUGUAGCUUUUAUUGGAUCAUCUAAUAUAAAUGACCGGAGUUUGCUUGGAUUAAGAGACUCUGAGAUUGGAGUGCUCAUAGAAGACAAAGAAUAUGUUGAAUCAUUGAUGAAUGGAAGUCCAUGGAAGGCUGGGAAAUUUUCUUAUAGCCUCCGCUGCUCCCUAUGGUCUGAGCACCUUGGUCUUCAAACUGGAGAGAUCAGUAAAGUCAGCGAUCCGGUGGCAGAUACAACCUAUAAGGACUUGUGGUCAGCAACUGCAAAGGAAAAUACUAGGAUAUACCAUGAAGUCUUUGCUUGCAUUCCCAGUGAUCAGAUACACUCAAGGUGUGUGGAUUUUUCUCAGUUUUCUUCUGUGAUUUCUAACUAUCACUUUUUGCUUCUAUUUAUCCUUACUUAUAUUGUGUUAUACUUUACAAUAACAUACAGAGCUGCACUUCGGCAAAGCAAGGUUCACUGGAAGGAAAAACUUGGCCAUACAACCAUUGAUUUGGGAAUAGCCCCUGAUAAGUUAGUCUCUCAUGAGAAUGGAGAAAUAAAAGUAAUAGACCCCAUAGAGAAAUUGAAGUGUGUAAAGGGUCAUCUUGUUUCCUUUCCUUUGGAGUUCAUGCGUGAGGAAGAUCUAAGACCAGCUGUCAUUGAGAGUGAGUUUUAUGUAUCUCCUCAAGUAUAUCAUUGAGUAUGGUAGUUUGAAGGCCCAAAAGGGUGAUACUUCAGGUAUUUUUCUAGCAAUUGAGAGGACUAGCAUUUGCUUGGUGGAGUUAUCUCUAAUAAUAUAAAAAGCAUGGAAGAUGGAUUGGAAGUGAAUUGACUUGUCAAGAUUGAAGACAAGUGAAAAUAAAGCUGAAGGAGAGUGGAUACACUAUCCAGUUAUUAAUUACCUAUGACUAUGAAACAACAGUUUUAGAAAGGGAAGUGAUUAUGCAGAAUCUAAGUUCUUCUUUUUCAAUUAAGUGCCGUCCAGUAACUGUCGGAAGUAUGUGAAAGGGAAACCUUUGCAAAUAACGCAGUUCAGAAUUAGAUGGCAGUAUUUCAUUAUAAGAAUUGAUGGCAAUAUGCCAUGCAACCUUCAUAUAUUGUGCAGCAUUAGUUCAUUCGUUGUAAAGGAAAUUGUACAUAUAU